CCACUUUCUUCAACCUACCCACGUGGAAAUGUCAAAUUUGGCACAACUUUAACUAACUGUCUUUUGUAAUUCAGUGAUUUUUUUCAAUUCAACUUUGGGGUAACUAAAUAUGGAUUCUAAAAGUAUAAGGUCAAAAUUUAUUGACUUUUUUGUAAAAACAAAGCAUCAUAAAUAUGUUCACUCAUCUUCAGUGAUUCCCCAUGAAGACCCUACCCUGCUUUUUACUAAUGCUGGGAUGAAUCAGUUUAAGGCGAUAUUUUUGGGAAUUGCUGAUCCAAAUAGUGAAAUGGCUACAUGGGUCAGAGCUGCAAACACACAGAAGUGUAUUCGGGCUGGGGGAAAACAUAAUGAUCUGGAUGAUGUGGGUAAAGAUGUUUAUCAUCAUACGUUUUUUGAGAUGCUUGGUAAUUGGUCGUUUGGUGAUUAUUUCAAGAAAGAAAUCUGUACUUGGUCUUGGGAACUUCUUACUGAAGUAUUUUCACUGCCAAAGGAAAGGCUUUAUGUCACUUAUUUUGGUGGAGAUCCAGAUUCAGGUCUUCAGCCAGAUGAUGAAUGUCGACAAAUAUGGUUGGAAUUAGGGAUUCCUGAAUCUCAUAUUAUUCCUGGUAGUAUGAAAGAUAACUUUUGGGAAAUGGGUGAAACGGGCCCUUGUGGUCCUUGUUCUGAACUUCAUUUUGAUCGGAUUGGAGGAAGAGAUGUACCACACUUAGUAAAUCAAGAUGACCCAGAUGUUCUUGAAAUAUGGAACCUUGUUUUUAUUCAAUUUAAUAGAGAAAAUGAUGGAAGCUUGAAAGUUCUUCCACGAAAACAUAUUGAUUGUGGGAUGGGUUUUGAGAGACUUGUUUCUGUUAUUCAAAAUAAAAGGUCUAAUUAUGACACUGACGUUUUUCAACCUUUAUUUGUUGCAAUACAAAAGGGCACCGGAUCACCACCAUAUGAAGGUAAGACUGGGAAGGAUGACAUUGAUGGCAGAGACAUGGCCUACAGGGUCCUUGCUGAUCAUGCUCGCACAUUAACUAUAGCAAUAGCUGAUGGUGGUGUACCUGACAAUACAGGACGUGGGUAUGUUUUGAGGAGAAUCUUAAGAAGGGCAGUCAGAUAUGGAACUGAAAAAUUGAAUGCUAAACCAGGUUUUUUUGGAUCUUUAGUCCACAUAGUCAUUGAUUUAUUGGGUGACACUUUUCCAGAGCUGAAAAAAGAUCCUCAGCACAUUAUUGAUAUAAUUAAUGAAGAAGAAGAACAAUUCUUGAAAACAUUGACUCGUGGAAGGAAUUUGCUUAACAGAACUAUUUCCAAACUUGAAGAAAAAACAAUUAUUCCAGGUGAUAUUGCUUGGAGAUUAUAUGACACCUAUGGUUUUCCACUUGAUUUAACAAGACUGAUGGCUGAGGAAAAAGGACUCACAGUGGAUAUGGAAAAAUAUGAAGAAGCAAAAAAACAAUCUCAGUUGGCAAGUCAAGGAAAAACAAGUGGGGUUGUCGAAAGAAUAAGUUUGGAUGUACACUCAUUAAAUGAAUUACAGAAAAAAAAUGUACCACAAACAGAUGAUAGUUAUAAAUAUCAUUACAAAGUUUCUGAUAAAAAUAAACAGAAGUUUGCUGAUUAUGAAUUUGGAGCCAGUCUAGGAAAAAUUUUGGCUAUCAGAACAGAAUCAGGGUUUGUUGACUCAGUUAAAUCUGGUGAAUUGUGUGGUGUUAUUCUAGACAAUACUUGUUUCUAUGCUGAACAAGGAGGACAGAUUUAUGAUGAAGGUUAUAUUAGCAAAAUUGAUGAUGAGGCAUCAGAAAUAUUUGUAAAGAAUGUUCAAGUGCAGGCUGGAUAUAUUCUACAUAUUGGAAUUGUUGAAGGGCACUUAGCAAUUGGAGAUAAAAUCAUUUGUAAUAUUGAUGAAAAACGGCGCCGCCUAAUAAUGAGCAACCAUACAGCAACACAUAUUUUGAACCAUGCUUUAAGGCAUGUUCUUGGUCCUGAUACUGACCAAAAAGGAUCUUUAGUUGCUCCAGAUAGACUUCGCUUUGAUUUUACUUCUAAGAGCUCUGUGAAACUUGAUGAACUAAAAAAGGUAGAAAAUGAAGUUAAUAAAAUAGUUAAUGAAGAUAAUGAAGUUUUUGCUUCUUGUGCUACUCUUGAAGAAGCAAAAAAAAUAAAUGGUUUACGAGCUAUGUUUUCUGAAGCCUAUCCUGAUCCAGUAAGGGUUGUAUCUGUUGGUGUCCCAAUUCAUUACCUCAUUGAGAACCCUCAAGAUGAUUCUGGUUUGAAAACAUCAGUUGAAUUCUGUGGUGGAACGCACUUAAAAAGAUCAUCUCAUGUUGGAGACUUCAUUAUCACUAAUGAGGAAGCUAUUGCGAAAGGAAUCCGAAGAAUUAUUGCUGUUACUGGGCCUGAAGCAGAAAAAGCCCAGCAGCGUGUGAAAGCUCUAGAAUCAAGUGUUUUGAUUCUAAAGAAUAUAAUAGAAAAAAACUUGAUAGAUGGGAAAGAAAUGUUAAAAUCUAUUGUUGAACAUGACAAUGACGUUUCAAAAGCCCCGAUUUCUUAUUGGAAAAAGGAUGAACUUAGAAAUAUUUUGAAGAAUCUCAAAAAAGUUAUUGAUAAUGCUGAAAGAGCUGGAAAAACAGAACAAACUAAUAAAGUUAUUGAGGAAGCAAAGAAUUUGAUGAAUGCCAAAAAAGGAACACCAUUUCUUGUAGCCACUCUUAAUGCUGGGUCCAAUAGUAAGGCACUGGAUUCUGCAUUGAAACAAGUUAAAGUUAUUUCACCUGAGACAGCAGCAAUGUUUUUUUCAGUUGAGCAAACAGCUAACAAAAUCAUAUGUCUCUGCAGUGUUCCUCAGGUUUGUGUGGAAAAAGGACUUAAAGGUAAUGAGUGGAUUCAAAGUGUAAGCAGUAAAAUUGGUGGAAAAGGUGGGGGUAAAGCAGAGUCUGCACAGGCAUCUGGAAAUAAUGUUAACAGUUUAUCUGAAGUGUUGAAGAUUGCUGAAGAUUUUGCGAAGCUUAAAUUAUCAGGUUUGUCUGAAGAACUUACGUACCAAGCUGAUAGUGUUUCUUCAACUUUAAUUCUUAUUAUUUAUGAAUACUCUGGUGUUUCAUUACCUAUAAGGAAGGGAUCGACAACCUUACUCAACUACAAAGGCGUUGUAUUAUCACAAAUAUGUUCAAUUAUUUUUGCUCUGGCACCAGUAAGUCUUAAAGCUAAUAAUGAUCCCUUUCUUUUAGCAAGCAUUUUACAAUGGAUUGAAUUUUCUGAUACCAUCUUUAAACAAAUUUAUUUUAUGUUAGUUAAUAAGUCUCCUUGUAAUGAGAAUAAAAAUGCUACAUUGUUACCAUACCUGGAAUACCUUAACAGAUAUCUUAGUAAUUUUACUUUUCUAGUAGGAGAGAGGUUAAGUAUUGCUGAUUUUUAUCUAUUCUGUUAUAUUCUACCGGCUUCUGAAAUUAUUUUCAAAAAUGAAAAACAAUAUGGUCAUCUAAUUAAUCUUAAAAGAUGGUUUAGUACUGUUAAAAAUCAGUCCCCAGUUUUGAAAGUACUCAACAAAUAAUUAAUCCUAGUCAUUAGAUAAAGAAUGUGAUUUUAAAUUAUUUAUUUUUAAUUUUGAAGAUUAGUUAUUGACAAGUUGUAAUUGUCUAAUUUAUAUAUUUUACUGUCAAAUUUUAAGAAAUCAUGUAAUAGAUGUUUCAUUUUUAAUUUAGAAUAAACAUUUGCCAUUAUUCAAUACCUAAUAAGUUAAUUUUUUUCUUUUAUAUUAUGAUUUAAAAAUGUUGAUUUAAUUAUUCAGGUUGGAUACCAUAGAAUCGUUUAAGUUAGUUUUCUUUAUUUUAUAUCAAAUUCCCUAAGGUGCUUUUGGUGCCCAGCCUUCUGAAUGUAUAUCAGAUGAUUGUCAUCUUUAUUAUUUCCAAUAUCAUUCAUAACUGGCAUCAUUCGUGCAUUAAAGUCAAUUGACUCGCCACUAAUUUGUUUAUUUGUCCGAUCAUUGGUUUUAAAACCAGGGUAACCCAUCAAAGUAUUGGGUGUUUAAAUUUGUUAAUCAAUUCCAAAAAAAAAAAAAAAGUGUAUUGGACUAUACUGAUGAAUUAAAAAUAUGUGAAUAUAUAUAUAUAUAUAUAUCAUUUUUAACAUAUAUAUAUUUGAAUCCUACAUAAUGAAUGCGUUUGCUUAAAUUUAUUUUAUUUUUUUAGAAGUCAUAAAAAAAUAAAUUGUAAGUGAAUUUGAUUUGUUUUCUAAUUAAUAAAAAAAAGAAGGAACAAAUGUGAAAUGCGUAGAUUUUGAGGGUGAUGAACGAUUUGUUUAUUAAAUUUUGCUAUUCAUAAAUUAUUAUUGUAUCGUAAUGUUCUGUGUCACAUGUAACAUUGUAUGAUUACAUUGUUUUGUAGUUCUGUUAUUGAAAAAAAAGUUAUAUUACCAUGAGUUAAUAAUUAAUUAUUACAGUUUCAGGUUCAUGAGCUACCAUCCAGUAAAAAUCCAAUUAAUUAAAGUUUUUGUACUCAUUAUUUUUUUUUUUUUUUUUGUUUCUCCUAUUCCAUUCACUUUAUCCUGAUCUCCUUCCAACUAUUUUUUUUUUUAAUUUGUUCUUAAUAGUUGGGUAUCAUAUUUAUUUUCAAGAUUAAUGUACAGAUGUAUCCUGUUUUCUGUUUUUUAUCAUUGUCUAUUUAAAUAUAAAUUUAUUUUUUACUGCUUCUUUGUGAAAUACUUCUAAUAAAAGUAUUUU